GUGAAGCAACGCUCUGGUAUCAACGUCAGAGAAUGGAACAUCAAAGCACUGGACAUCUCCACGAAGUCUCGUCGCCCCAACCUUCCAUUCAUCCACCUCAUGGCAAUCAUCGUCAACUACCUCUGGCACUACAUCGCCAACCACCUCUUUGGCAACAAGGAGGCCCCGUUGGCCAAGCUCAGCUUGGUGUGCAUCACAUCCUUCAAGUCCCUCCUCCGCCAGGAGUGGCGCUCCCUCAUGUCCACGCUCACGAGUCACAUCUUGGCCGGACGACCAGUCAACAUCAAGAAUGAGAUGGCCGAGUUCACUACCAAGUGGCACCUCAGCACUCGCAACAGCGACAUCCGUCUUCCGCCUCUGCCGCCAACUAUCAACAAAUACUUGGUG